GGUAAUGUAACAGAACCAGUGCGCAGGAGCCCACAGUCUGUCCAACGUUUCAGGAGCAUCAGGCAGUGGGCAGAGGCGCUCACCAUCUACUUUCUCUAGUACUACUAGGAGUGAAGUCUGCCCACCAUGCCGAAGCGGAAGGCGACUGAUGACGUUGGGGAGGGUGCUGCCAACAAGAGGGCAGAGACGGAACUUGACCCGGACGAAGAAGCAGAGAUAGAGGAGGAAGAGAUAGAGGAGGAGGAGGUGUUGUCUUCCGAUGACUCAAGUGGCAGCAGCGGGUAUGGGAGCGGGGGCGGAGAGGAGGACGAGGAGAGUGGGGAAGAAGACAAGGAAGAGCCGGACUUCAUCAACGUCGACUUUGAGUUCUUUGACCCCAAACCGAGCGACUACCAUGGAGUGAAGGCGCUCCUGAAGAGCUACCUAGACGAUGAAACAUUUGACCUCCCCGGAUUGGUGGACCUUGUACUGGCGCAGACAACGGUUGGCUCGGUCAUCAAAACCACCGAGGACGAGGACCCGAUUGGGUUACUGACGGUGCUCGCUUUCGAACGAUAUAAGGACACGGAGCCCACAAAGCAGAUUGUGCGGUUCCUGCGCUUGCGGUGUAAAAAGGACGAGCACACGGCGGGCAAGCUGGAAGUGCUCCUAGAUGGGAAGAAGGGCCGCGUGGGGCUAUUGGUCAGCGAGCGGCUGAUCAAUGUGCCCCUCGACCUGGCGCCUCCUUUGCACCAGGGGCUGUUUGACGAGAUUAGCUGGGCCACUGAGGACGAGCCAACCGAGGAGCUGCGGGAGUCGUUUCGCUUCUCCAAGUACCUGCUACUCACGCGGGUCUUCGAGGAGACGCAGAGGGCCGAUAGACAGGCGGCGGGGCCCAGUAGCCGAGGAGGUGACCCAUCCAGUUCGACGAUCUACAUGAAGCCGGAAGACGAGAUCUGGGAACAAUUAUCAAGCUGGGCCUACAGGUUCCCGGUCACGGCGGAGGCACUUGCUGCGCAUGAGAGCAAGCACGUGCGCCAAAUGUACCUGCUUAUGGAGAUUGACCCUAGCAAGCUGCCCGCUUUCAAAAAGAGGUUACAGAAACUUGUCGAAGACCAGAACUAGCAUAGUGGGUUCAACGUCAAUGGCGCGAAGCUGGCGCAAGAUGUGGCAAAAGGAGACGGCUAGGGAAGCAACACAAUAUGAUGAUGCGUGGAGAGUCAAGGCUGGAGAUGCAUAACUGCUUGGAAGCUUGCGCAUGUCAACGCGACCGGCCCCAGUGACAAAAGUGUAGCUAACUUACUGUCUGUAUUGCAUAUCAAAUUUCA